AUUAAAUCAGAUGUUGUUUUAAAGAGAACUCUGAGGUGGGGUUUAAAUAUUUCAGUGGCCCUUCCCAACCCCACAGUUAAUUGGACAUGUGAUAAACACAGCAGUUGCCUGAAAUUGGUCAGCUGAAAUCCCACUGGACUACCACAGGCUGCUGAAUCAAGUCCAGGCUUCCUCAUUCUACCGGAUGAGAUUUAAGAUGAUGCCCAGCAGCAGUUAUGGGAAGAGUUUGGAUCUCUCCAGGUUGACAGAUGACGAAGCCAAGCAUGUCUGGCAGGUGAUCCAGAGAGAUUUCCACCUGCGAAAGAAAGAAGAGAAUAGACUAGGGGAACUCAAGACCAAAAUAAUGAAAGAGGACACCAAAAGAGAGCUGCUGGAAUAUCAGCCUAAACUCAGCGAUUCUCUCUGCAUCCGCUGUCUGCAGCCCUUCAAACUCCUUGUCAACAGCAAGCGCCAGUGUCUAGACUGCACGCUAUUUGUCUGCAAGUCCUGCAGCCAUUUUAACAAGAAGGACCGCGGUUGGGUUUGUGAUCCAUGCCACAUGGCCAGAAUCCUUAAGAUUGGCACUCUAGAAUGGUUCCAUGAGAAUGUACGCUUACGCUUCAAGCGUUUUGGGAGUGCAAAGGUCAUGAAUUCACUUUUCAAGAGGCUGAACAGUGACCGUGCCAGCUCUCAAACUGACCUCAGAGAGCCUCGAGAUGAUGACACGCACAGCAUGCCUGAAGUUCACACUGGUUCUCUGUAUAGCCAGGAAGAUGAGCAGUCUGAUCGGGUCGACAGACGACACUUCAGCCUGAUGAGAAAAGGCAGACGGCUACUCCCUGUUGAUCCUCUUGAUUUUAAUCUAGGCGUUGAGAACUCUGCUUAUUCUCGACCUCCCAUACUUCUGUAUUCAGGUAGCCAAGAGAAAGUAACCCAGAGUAAGGACUCAGUAACUGAAGACGACUGGUCCACAACCUUUAAGCAGAUCCUGGAGAAUGGAACUCAUGGUAGAGGUGAUGAGAUGAAGGACAUGUUGCAAAUCAGCCAGAGAAGUCUGGACAGACCCUCCCAUUUUGAUGACUGCGCACCACAUCUAGAACAGAGGAUGACAAAAUCUCGUUCCCUCUCCAAGAUGAGCAUCUCUUCAGCUGGCAGCUCUAACUAUCACUUCCACCGUGAGCCUUCUUACAGCCUGGAAGACUCAGAGGAGGAGGAUGAAUCUGAGAUGCACAUCAUAUAUAGUCCUGCCCCACAUAGGGAGCACUCACCAGAUGAGGUUCCUCCACAGAUUAUUGAGCUCAACAAGCGUAUGUCAGCAGUCGAGACUCUUCUGAGCCGUUUGGAGCAGAAACUCAUCUUGCCGGUAAUUGGGGAAUCAGCAGAACAAGUGGAGCAGAAAGAGGAGGAUCUGUCUCCAGCUGAUUUAGAGGAGCUUGAGCUCAGGAAAAAGCUUGAUGAACUUACUGAAAAAAUAAGUGACAAAGGCUCGUCUGAUGAGGAGGAUGCGAUGAGACCUUCAGAGGACUCUCCAAAGAAAGGGGCAGUUUAUCAUGCUCCAGCUAUGAGAGGAGCUUCAGCUGGACCUGGGAAUGUCAGACACGAAUGGCCUCUUGAGGUUGAGUGGAAAGGAAAGCCAAGCGUACCUAAAUCCUUAAAAAAGCAGAAGAGGGUAAGGUCCUUUGAGUUUAGCAACACAACCAGCUGUGAGCUGUCGCAACUGGAGGGUAAAGUUGCAAUGGCAGUGGCCAGCGUCCAGAGCACUCAAAGUGGGGUUACAGACAUUCAGAAAAGAAUCGCUGCUCUGAGUGCUGCAGGGAUGAUGGUGGAGACGUCCCGCAGACGGACUCCUCAGCCAUCAAGGACGUUGCAUGAAUUUCCCAUUAGAGGCAGCAAUGAAGCAAGAUCUCUACGAAAGCUGGUCAUGUGAAGCAACUUCAGCAAGCUAGCACACUUUCACUUAUUUUUAGUAGGCCAUGGUAUACAAACUCACAGAACAUUGACAGAUUCACAUAAGCAUAUUUCAUAUGUUAAUAAAUUCAGCUGCAAGGGUUUGUGGGACUCCCAGUUUAAUAAUAUAUGAUUAAUAUUUGCUUUAAUCUUUCAUUAGAUGAGUGUCAGAUUAUUCUGAAAAAUGAGAGGCUCGCCUUGUAGCAUUGCUGUUUCUUAGAAUAUAACAUUUCUAUUAUGCACACAAUAGAAAUUGUUUGUCUACAUUACACUUAUUAACUGUUGUUGUUUUGA